AAGAAGUUGCAAAAAUAUCAUAUCCCUACAACUAGCCAUAGAACCUCAGGGUUUUAGCAGAGGUUUUUGUUUUUGUAAAUUUUACUCACUUCAUCUUCUUCCAUUUCCCUUCCAUUUUACCUUAUCUUCUUUCUCUUCUCCUUAAACAACCCCACCCCCCUCCCCCCACCCCCCCACCCACCACCAUUAAAGCUGGCUUCUACAGCUUCUUACUCUCCAAGUCCAACAUCUCAAUGGAGAACUCAAAAACUCCCAAAAAGAUUCAAUUUUUAUGUCAUUCACAAUCAAGAAUUUGGAAAAUUAUCUCAAAGUUCAUCACUUUCCACUUCUUCAUUUCCCAAAACUCUUAAAUUACCUGUAAUUCAAAUACCAAUUAAUAAUAUUCAGUCCCAAACAACAGUGUGUGUAUCCACAGAUGAGAAUCUUGAAGAAUUGGUGAAUUUGCAGAAAAUCCCAAAUGGGUUUUUGAAUAAAGAAUCAAAUAAGAGAGUUUUUAUUCAAGACCCACCUUGGGUUUCUUCACUUUUUAUGAAUAGUGUGUUUGUUAGAGCUAAACAGGUACGAGGAGUGAGAAGGGAAUUUAGAGAAAUUGAGAGAAGGAGAAGAUAUGCUAUGUUGAGGAGGAGGCAAAUAAAGGCUGAAACAGAGGCUUGGGAGCAAAUGGUGGAGGAAUAUAGGGAGUUGGAGAGGGAAAUGUGUGAGAAGAAACUAGCACCCAAUUUGCCUUAUGUUAAAAAACUGUUAUUGGGUUGGUUUGAGCCACUGAGACAAGCUAUAGAGAAGGAGCAGAAUGCUAAGACGACCGUGAAACAUAGGGCAGCGUUUGCGCCACAUAUUGAUUCUUUGCCUGCUGAUAAAAUGGCUGUAAUUGUGAUGCAUAAGUUGAUGGGAUUGCUGAUGAUGGGUGGUAAAGAAGAGAGGUGUGUUCAGGUCGUCCAAGCUGCGGUGCAAAUUGGCAUGGCAGUUGAGAAUGAAGUUAGGAUUCAUAAUUUCUUGGAGAAAACAAAGAAACUCCAGAAACAUAUGACUGGAGCUCAAAGUCAAGAAGAUAUGAGUAGGGACACAAUGAUUCUAAGGAAACGGGUCAAAAGCUUGAUUAAAAGAAAUCGAGUAGUUGAGGUGAGAAAGCUGAUGAAAAGUGAAGAACCCGAGUCUUGGGGUCGGGACACACAGGCUAAGUUAGGAUGCCGGCUUUUAGAAUUAUUAACAGAAACAGCUUAUGUGCAACCUCCAGUGGAUCAGUCUGCUGAUACUCCUCCUGAUAUUAGGCCUGCGUUCAGACACGUAUUCAGAAUUGCUACAAGAGAUCCGGGGAAGAACAUUGUCAAGAAGUAUGGUGUCAUCGAAUGUGAUCCAUUGGUUGUUGCGGGAGUUGACAGAACAGUUAAACAGAUGAUGAUUCCUUAUGUGCCUAUGUUGGUGCCACCCAAAAAAUGGAGAGGGUAUGACAAAGGCGGAUACUUAUUCUUGCCCUCCUAUUUGAUGCGCACACAUGGAUCCAGGAGGCAACAAGAUGCUGUAAGAAGUGUUCCCGCGAAACAAAUGCAGCAAGUUUAUGAGGCCUUGGAUACCUUAGGAAGCACUAAAUGGAGAGUGAAUAAAAGGAUACUAAGUGUGGUUGAGAGUAUUUGGGCUGGAGGCGGAAAUAUUGCUGGCCUAGUGGAUCGCAAAGAUGUUCCCAUACCAGAGUUGCACUCUGAUGAUAUAAUGGAAGUGAAAAAGUGGAAAUGGAGGGUGCGAAAAUCCAAAAAAAUCAACCAAGAGUUGCAUUCCCAAAGAUGUGACACAGAGCUCAAGCUUUCAGUUGCUCGGAAGUUGAAAGACGAGGAAGGAUUUUAUUAUCCUCACAAUCUUGAUUUUCGAGGACGUGCAUACCCUAUGCAUCCUCAUUUGAAUCAUUUGAGCUCGGAUCUAUGUCGGGGAAUCCUUGAAUUUGCUGAAGGACGACCUCUAGGAAAGUCAGGAUUGCGUUGGCUGAAAAUACAUUUAGCAAGUCUUUAUGCAGGGGGAAUAGAGAAGCUCUGCUACGAUGCACGCCUUGCAUUUGUAGAAAACCACAUUGAUGACAUAUUAGAUUCAGCAAACAAUCCUCUAAAUGGAAAUCGAUGGUGGUUAAAUGCUGAGGAUCCUUUUCAGUGCUUAGCAGCUUGCAUUAACCUAUCAGAAGCUUUAAAAAGCUCGUCACCACAUACUGUCAUCUCCCACCUGCCUAUUCAUCAGGAUGGUUCAUGCAAUGGCCUUCAACACUAUGCAGCUCUGGGAAGAGAUAGUAUGGAGGCAGCAGCAGUCAACUUAGUUGCUGGAGAUAAACCAGCUGAUGUUUAUACUGAAAUCGCUCUGAGGGUUGAUCAUAUUAUCAGAGGAGAUAGUAUCAAGGACCCUGCAACUGAUCCUAAUGCUUUACUAGCCAAACUCCUAAUUGACCAGGUUGACAGGAAAUUGGUGAAGCAGACAGUAAUGACCUCAGUGUAUGGUGUUACCUAUGUCGGAGCACGUGAGCAAAUCAAAAGAAGAUUGGAGGAGAAGGGUCUUAUCGAUGAUGAUAGGCUGCUGUUUACUGCAUCUUGCUAUGCUGCCAAAGUGACAUUAGCUGCUUUGGGGGAGUUAUUUCAAGCGGCACGUGGCACAAUGACUUGGCUUGGUGACUGUGCUAAGGUGAUUGCUUCAGAAAAUCAGCCAGUUCGAUGGACGACACCUCUGGGGCUCCCUGUUGUGCAGCCUUACUUUAAAACUCAGCGGCAUGUUAUAAGAACUUCUCUUCAAGUUUUGGCUUUGCAGCGUGAGGGUGACGCAGUUGAGGUCCGGAAACAGAGAACUGCUUUUCCUCCCAAUUUUGUGCACUCACUGGAUGGUUCACAUAUGAUGAUGACCGCUGUUGCUUGUAGGGACGCUGGACUACAGUUUGCAGGGGUACAUGAUUCCUUCUGGACUCAUGCAUGUGAUGUCGACCAGAUGAACAGGAUACUCCGCGAAAAGUUUGUGGAGCUGUACAGUAUGCCUAUUCUUGAAGAUUUGCUCGAAAGCUUCCAGAAUUCAUAUCCAGCAUUAAUAUUUCCCCCUCUACCAAAAAGAGGUGAUUUUGAUUUAGUGGAAGUUCUCGAGUCGCCCUACUUCUUCAACUGAGGAACUGAUGACGCUGAAACCCUUUGGACGAAAUGGACGAAAAAGUUAGAAGCCUCGGACAUUUGCAGUAACAUUGUUGCAUAGUGCAUCGGAGAGUAUGCAAGUCCAACUUCAAACAAUGAAAAUCCUGACUAGCGCUACAUGCAAUACUAGGAAAGUAGAAGAAGGUGUGGCAUCCAUCUCUGCUUUAUAGCUGAAAAAUCACAGCUAUGUACAUUGGUUCAGUUUCUUUUAGAUGCUGUACAGAUAUCUCGGGGAAUAUGAUAUAGCCGACUCCAACUUGUUUCGAAUUGAGGCGUAGUUGUUGUACAUAUAUCUUGGAGGGAAUUGUAACUUUUGUAGUUUAGGGUGAACCUAUUUAAUGGUGCUCUUGAUAUGUAUAGGCAUAGAAAUUAGGGAACUGUUGUUGUAUCUAUUACAGGAAACAGAUACUUUUGAGCUUUUGCCCUUGUGGUCCGGCCCUUCCACGGACCCCGCGUAUAGCGGGAGCUUAGUGCACCCCUUUUUAAAAUGCUUCCUCUACUAAUUUUCUGGAACUUAAGGACUUAAACUGCUAUGUAAUUUUCUGAUAUUUUCUGUUUCUUGACGGUUGAGAAUCCUUAAUAUCAUUUGGAGGAAAUCGUUCGA